AAGGGCUCAAGACAAAAGCAGCAGCGGGCCGACUCGAGCGUCCGUCGCACCGAAUGCUACAGCCAGGUGGUGCUUCCCUCCCCGACCCCUUUGGAAGCUUCCGAUCAUAAUGGCCGUCUCCGUCUCCCUCCCCUCUCCCCGGUCGCUGGCCCACCGGAGGAGGCCACCGCCGAGUCACCACCGCGCUGCCAUCGUCGGGUUCCGCCCCAUCUCCGGUACUAAGUCCGAUGCUAGCGGCGACGGAGUCAGAAGAGGCGAGCAGUGCGCCGUGCAGCUAACGUCGAAGUCCAGGACGCUGUCCGCUGCCGUAAACGUUGAUCUCCACGCUCGUCUCUCCAUCCCCCCGAAAGACCGCGCCGAGGACAUGCAAGCGGAGGUGCGAGCCCUGGCCAGGGCAGCGAAUGCUACAGAAUAUCACCCCGAGAUCCUCUCCGCGAAAUACUCCUCUCGCCCCUUCAAGGUGGUCUCGAGGAUGCUGGAGAUCUUCACGGGGUUGGGAUCCUUCGCGUUGAAACUGGCCGUGGACCAGAGGCGAGGGCAGCUCGAGCUGCGGAAGCGACAGCGGGCGGCGGAGCUUACGGAAAUCUUUACGCGAUUGGGGCCGACCUUUGUGAAGAUCGGGCAGGGUUUGUCCACUCGGCCUGAUAUCUGCCCGCCAGAAUAUAUCGAGGAGCUCUCACAGUUGCAGGAUGCACUUCCUACCUUUCCGAAUGAGAAUGCAUUUGCCUGCAUCGAGAGUGAACUAGGAGCACCUCUCGGUUCCGUGUUCUCGGCUAUAUCACCAGAACCAGUUGCAGCUGCCAGUCUAGGCCAGGUCUACAAAGCCCAGCUUAAGCACUCAGGUCAGGUUGUAGCCGUCAAGGUGCAAAGACCAGAGAUUGAAGAAACUAUUGGAUUGGAUUUUUACCUUCUUAGAGGUCUAGGUUUUCUUGUGAACAAGUAUGUUGAUUUCAUCUACACUGAUGUUGUUGUUCUAAUCGAUGAAUUUGCAAAAAGAGUCUAUCAGGAGCUUAAUUACGUUCAGGAAGGCCAAAAUGCAAGGAGAUUUAAGAAGUUAUAUGCUGACAACCAAGAAAUCUACGUUCCAGAUAUAUAUUGGGAUUACACCAGUGCAAAUGUACUAACAAUGGAUUGGGUGGAAGGCAUUAAGCUUACUGAGCAAGAAGCCAUUGAGAAGAGAGGUUUGAAACUGUUAAAUUUGGUUGAAAUAGGUAUCCAGUGUAGCUUGAGGCAGUUGCUUGAAUAUGGUUAUUUUCAUGCUGACCCGCAUCCUGGUAAUCUCUUAGCCACACCUGACGGGAAAUUGGCUUUCAUUGAUUUUGGCAUGAUGAGUGAAACACCAGAAGAAGCGAGAUCUGCUAUAAUUGGUCAUAUUGUUCACCUUGUUAACAGGGAUUAUGAUGCCAUGGCCCAUGACUACUAUGCUUUAAAAUUUCUAACACCUGAUGUAGAUGUAUCUCCAAUUGUACCUGCUCUCAGGAAUUUCUUUGAUGAUGCACUGAAUUCAACUGUAAGUGAGCUCAAUUUUAAGACCAUUGUGGAUGGUCUAGGAAAUGUUAUGUAUCAAUAUCCUUUUAAUGUUCCUGCAUAUUAUGCAUUGAUAUUGAGGUCACUGACCGUGUUGGAGGGCCUAGCUCUUUAUGUUGAUCCAAACUUUAAGGUGCUUGCUGCUUCAUACCCGUAUUUUGCUAAAAGGCUUCUGACUGAUCCAAAUCCUUAUCUUAGAGAUGCUCUCAUUGAAUUGUUGUUCAAAGAUGGAAAAUUUAGAUGGAAUAGGCUUGAAAAUCUCCUUGUUCAAGGCCGCAAAGAUCGAGAUUUUACUACCAAAGAUGCUUUGCAACCUGUUUUGAAACUACUUCUGGGUCCUGGUGGUGAAGAAUUACGAGCUCUUGUUGUGAAAGAGGCAGUUCGGAUAACUGAAGUGAUUGUCUUUGGCUCUAUGAUAGAUGCAUAUGAUUCCAUGCCUGGCUUUAUGAAGGUUGUGGUCCGUAACAGCAAUGCAAAUGGACGCUUUAAGUUAAGUGAUAGUGAAAAAAGAAAUAUGCUAGAACUUCGAGAUAGAGUGCUCAAAGUAUGGAGUCUUUUGAGAUCCUCAGAUAGCUUUGAUCCAAGCCUCUUGCAAUCGCUUCUGCAGGUUUUGGAAGAACCAGAAGCUCGUAAUCUUGGCAGCCACAUCUUUGGAGGACUUACUCAACGCCUAUUGGCCCGAUUGCUACAACAGGUUCUCAGAUCUCCUGCCAUUGCUGUUACUCCAAAAUGACCAGAUAAAGCAGCUAUUAAUGGCACAUCCACACUCGAACGUUUACACGAGCCGUGUUUCAAUUAGAAACUCAUCAUUUAUAGUUUCUCUCAAGUUCAUGAUUCAGAAAAAGUCCAAUUCUAUUUUUCAUAUCUAUUCUUUGAAACUCUGUGUAGCGAUAUUGAUCUGCUUCAGUUACUAAAAGAAUGAUUUCAGUUCUGGCUAUGAAUUUAUUUGUCAUAAAUACAAAUUCUUCGUUAA